CAACAUGGCGGACGACGAAGACGAUGCAAGGUACUCUCGGUCACCUCGCGAAGACUACGACCCCUUGAAGGACGAUCGACGCAACUUCGUGCAAGCUGACGAUGGAGAGGUCAGUCCUGGAGAACAGGACAGCAAUUUUGAUAAUGGGGGUUUCGAUGAUGAUGAUUACAACACCCAAGGGGCCUUUCAGUACAGCGUGACCCCUCCGUCACAGCCGAGGAUGAGGAAGAGAGCCAGCAGGAAGCUGUCAGGUAAGGGGAAGCAAGGCACUGAUUCCUACAAAGAAUGGAAGGAAUACUUGGGCAUGAAGAAGACCCAGCCCCAACCCCGGACACCCGUCAAUAUCAUCAAGGAGCAGUACGGAGAUGAUCCGGGCUUAUGCAAACUCAGCGGAACUGAUUCAGAUGACAAUCUUGACAGAGACAUCCAACGAGAAAAGAAGGACAAGAGAAGGAAAGAUAAGGAUUCCAAGCGGUUGAUGACCAAGUCCCGUGGACAUGAACGCUUUGUUAAAAGGCUUUCUGAUGAUUUCACGGAAAGCUCUGAAAAUCAGCUCAAUAAGAAAAUUGUCAGCAUGUAUGCGAAUAUUGAUCUAAAUAAAUCUAAUACCUUCAGCAGCCUACAGAUGCCAGUGAAUCCAAUUACUAUUACGCCAAAUAAUCGAAUGCAGAGAGAAGCUGCUGUGCCAAUUGAAUGUCCGAAAGAGAGGUUUGACUUCUACAAUAUCUUUUCUACUUUGAUUAAUAUGGGUUCGCAAAAUAAGAAGGACAAAGACAGACAGUUAGCUAACUGCUACAAGCGCCAGUUGAGCUCAGAACAAGAAAUGUGGCAGAACAGGGUCAAUGAUGUUAUUUGGAUAGAACUUCAUGCAUGGUUUAGAUUUUGUUCCUUGGAGGAGGCUAAGGAACAACUGAAUUUUGAAAGGGAAAAAGUUAUGGCGAUUCUGGAGGAGAUCAUCAACUUCAAGAUGGUGUGCCAGGAUAUGUCGGAUGUCGAUGAUGACACGUUUCAUGAACAUGAGGUGUCCAAGACGUCUCCUGUCGACAAAUUGUGUGGUCGUGUGUCACCAGGUGUUUCGGCAUCAUUUCAGUCACUGAAUCUCACAUCAGAUAUGGUGGAUUGUCAACGAGAGGCUCUUAGCUGUGUGAAGAAACUCUUAGAUGACUUGGACGAUUGUGAAAGUCUUUAUCCAACCACAAAAGCGUUUGCUAAAGAAAAUGACUUGUAUGCUAGUGAGCAAUUUAAUCAGAGGGUGAAGUCUCUAUGUUUGUGGUUGAACAUUACUCGAGAUCUGUGCCACAAGAUGAAACUGUUAGGACGUGUGCUUGGUGUUCAGAAUGUUCAUGGCCUAGACUGGCCCAUGAUAGACUAUGAGAGUCCACGUGCGUCGGAGUCGGCCUGUGUGUCACAGAGACCCAGUAUCCCUAACAUACUGGAGACGGUUCCGUCCGACUCGGAUGCUGAUGAUGAAGCAGAGGAGGCAGCUGGUGGAGGCAAGCAGUUUCUCAGCCCCACCGACGAUUGCAAGAAGGUCAAGUUUGUCGGGGUCUACGAAGGUGAUGAGAAGUCUUCGAGACCCGAGAGCCCCUGUAUCAACGAGAACACCCUCCCACCCCUGGGUACAUCUACCCCUAUGAAGAGAGGAAACAUCGGCUCCUUCGCCACAUCAAUAUCUCGGGAGUCAAGUGAGGUGAGCCUGGAGGAACUGAACAAGACCUCGGUCUACCGGCACUACGUGGACAAGUGUCUCAAGAAGAUGGGCAUGCAGAAGUUGGUCAUACGGCUCAGGGAUGUGCUGGACCGGUCAUUACAGCGGGCUCGGGAAGCCCUGGAGAAGCCCAAGCUGACAACGUGUGAGGGAGGAGAGAAGGACAAGUCCCCCAGCGCCAGUGACCUAGCAUCUUCCCCGUCCCUCGUCUUACUCCCCGAAGUGAGGGACGGCAUAUUCUACCGCAGCACAAGUUUGUCGGAGCACGGUGCCUGGAGCCAGGAGUUCAUCAAGAUGGGCCUGCCCUCCUUCCGACCCAGCUACUUGUUCCUGGUUCGAAUCCCACUGGAUGUCAGCCACGAGUGUCUCCGGUUGAGACUGGAACAGCGGCCCUUGGGAGACCCUUCCUUUCUCAGUGUCAGGCAGCUGAUCCGGGAGUGCAAGGAGGUGCUGAAGGGGGCGGUGCUGGUCAAGCAGUACUACCAGCACAUGGUGGCCUCCGUCAUGUGGGACGACAACGAGGCCGAGGAGAAGUUCGCCACGGACCUGGAGCAGUUCGACAAUGACAUGAAGGCAAUGCUGGAUGACUACUUCAAGUAUCUGCAGAGUUGGAUCAGCGCCCUACAGUCUCUGCCUGAAGCAUCCCGGAGCCUGAAGAACGCCCUCGAGGAGGAGUGGAUGUUCACCAAGUACAUCUGUCCCCAUGUCAUCGGAGGGGAGGCGGAGGCUGGCAAGAAGUUCAGCACCAUGGUUCUCAGUUUGCUGGUGAAUAUUGCGGACUUCCUGGAGAAUGGCAUUGAUGACUGUACAUCUGACCUGUACGACCUGACGGCCUACGAUAAUGACCGCAGUGACCAGGAGUGUUCUGAUGACUCGACCACCACGUCUAACAAGGAAUGGGUUUCCGACUACAGGCACACCAUUCAGCACACAUGUAGGAACUUUAAGAUACUGUUUCAUGAGGCGCGGGAAAGAGCAUCAAAGGCCCUGGGCUUUGCUAAAAUGUUGAGAAAGGACCUUGAGAUUGCAUCAGAUUUCAACAUCUCCGUGACAACCAGAGAAAUCCUGGAUAAGCUGGGAGAAAAGAAUCAUGUCCGGGUGAUAGCCCCUCUAAGCUCUGGGUACAUGAUGUUCAUCCCCCACGAGAUCAUGUGCAACACCCGCCUCAUCCUGCAGCUGCUCAACGUCACCUGUGGUCGGGAGGAGAGUACGGCCAAGAAGUGGACAGAUGAGGAUGGCCAGUGUCUCGUCAACGAGGGCUACCUCCUCAUGCUGCGGUGUGAGGGCGGCAUUGACCAUGUGUCACAAUGUCCACUGUGGUUGGGGGAGAAAGUCCACAUGGAGCUCACUGCUGAGACUGCUAUUGCUCUGUCUCAUAUUGAGGUGGAGUCUCUGUUGCUGGUGGUGAUCCACUCAUCACAGCUGUCCAGUCAGCGCAAGGAGUUCAACUACAAGAUGGGAGACACCAUCAGCCUGGUCAAUGAACAGACAUCCUGCCAUCAGUCUAUAGCAGAGUCCCUGGCUUCCCUCAAGAACACAGCCAUCGAGAUGAGGGAGAAUGUGGCGACAGCCAUUAGCCAGGUGGAUGAGAAACUCAACUUUGAUGACAUUGCUAAGCUGGAGGACAACGAGAAGAAUCACAUACUAAAACUAUACAGAGAGACUAUGCUGCAGUGCUAUAACUUUGGGUUUGAGUACUACAAGGAGGUGUCCCGUCUUGUAUCUGGGGACCAGAGGCAGAGGCUAGGCCGAGGACUCGUCAAGUUUGCCAAAUCUUGGAUGAAGUUUGUGUCGGAAAAGUGCGAAAGGGGGAGGGGAAUGAGACCAAGGUGGGCAAAUCAAGGCCUAGAUUUCCUCACAGUAGCAUGUGAGCCUAAGGUCCUAGCUUGUUUGUCUGAAGAUGAGUUUCAGGAGCUAAAGAAAAACAUCAACGACUGUAUCACCCAUGUUAUAGGAUCAGCAGACAAGGGUGGACAUUGGCCUCAUGGUAAGUCAGUUUCAGAGGGCAACUUCCGUCACCCGAUGCAGAGAUUUCCAUCGUGUCCGGAGCCGUCUCUGAGUCAGAAGAUGGUGCGUUCCAACUCCAGUAGAUCCACCUUCAGUGAGGGGAUCCCACAUGUCUCAUCUGGCCUGUCCACUCCCUCCACACCCAGUCCCAGCAUCUUGGAUGCGUCCUCCCAGUGUGAGUCUCUGACCAACUUGUCCCGGAAGGAACGCAUCAAGCUGGGGUGUCGUCGUCUGGAGGAGGAGCGCAACCAGAAGAUGCGGGACAAGAGGGUGAUCGGUCGGACCACGUCACGCCAGAGUGAGAUUGACUACCACAUCAACGUCAGGAGAGUCAACUUUAGAUGGCAGAGAGGAAACAAGAUAGGUGAGGGUCAGUUCGGCAAGGUGUACACAGCUGUCAACAUGGAGACAGGGGAGCUGAUGGCACUGAAGGAGAUGAAGAUGCAGCCGAAUGACCAGCAGGGUUUUAAGGAAAUUGCUGAUGAAAUCAAGAACUUUGAGGGCAACCAGCAUAAACACCUGGUCAAAUACUAUGGGGUGGAGGUGCACAAGGAUGAGAUGCUGAUCUUCAUGGAGUACUGCGACUGCGGCACUGUGGAGGAGGCAGCGAAGAUCGGCCUCCCGGAACACAUCAUCAGGAAAUACACCAAGCAGAUCCUUAUCGCUGUCAAUCAUCUCCAUGAAAACAGCAUCGUGCACCGAGACAUCAAAGGAGCAAAUAUCUUCUUAACGUCCAAUGGAACCGUGAAAGUUGGUGACUUCGGGUGCUCGGUGAAGCUGAAGAACCACACCACCAUGUUGGGUGAAAUAAACAGUCUGGCGGGGACAAUGGCCUACAUGGCCCCGGAAGUGAUCACCCAGAAUGACAAGGAAGGCAGCGGCCGUGCGGCUGAUAUAUGGAGUCUGGGUUGUGUUGUCAUCGAGAUGGCAACCGGGAAGCGCCCCUGGCACGACGCUGAGAACAACUACCAGAUCAUGUUCAAGGUGGGGAUGGGUGGGACUCCGUCUGUCCCUGAGAACCUAAGUGCUGAGGGCAAGGAUUUCCUAUUGUGUUGCUUCCAGCAUGACCCUCAAGCCAGGUGGACAGCUAGCAGGCUACAGGACCACCCCUUCUCCAAGGUUUAUGAAGAAGCUGAUGGCGAAAGUUGAUGAUAGUAUUCUCUAGGCAGUGAAGUUAUAUCCUGUUACCAUGGUUACAGCUAAAUUCUGUGAUUGCUGUCCGGCAGCUACAUGUUGUAUUUUUCUUGACCUGCUCCAACAUGACCGACGCUGCAGGGGAUGCACUACAGGGCAACAGUGAAUCUUACAUCUACAUUAUAUACAGUGAUUUGUGAUUUGUGUUUGCCUAUGUGAUCAUUGCAAAGCUGUAGGGAAAAGCGUCUCAGCAGCAAAUCAGAGAAAAAAAAGGUUGAAUUGUCUUGUAUCAUUUAGCUGGACAGUAUUUUGCAAGUGUUAUUAUAAGCAUUUUGCUCACUGCAUGUACGGUGUACUUAGUAAUAUAUUAUUUUGACAUGUCAGCAUUCUUCAUCCAGGAAACAACAGUGAACCUGGCUAUGUUAGAUAUGCUGAAUGUAAUCUGAAGCAAUAUUGCAAGCAGUAUUCAACAUGAACAGUUUAACAGUACGCCAUUACUUAACUAAACUGAUUGCCGCGAAUAGCUGCAAAAUUGCUGAUGCGGCGUUAAGCAAUAUUCACUCACUUAACUAAACUGACAUGCUGCUUUGCAGGUCACAUAUAGGUCAGUGUGAUUAGGGAGCUUGAGUAUGGCUCAGCAAAUGCUUGAUUUGACCUUGACCUACAUAACUAGGGUCAAAGGGACCCCCAUUAAUCAGUUUCAUGGGUCCUUACAGGAAAUAUGAGUCCUGAAAAGAAAUGGCGUGUACUGUGAGUAGGGAUUGAAAUUAGCACCUGCCCAUUAGUCUGAUGCAGUUUCACUUAUGUCAAAGGUACCCUUUGGGUUGGUAGAAGUUCAUUUCAGGAAUGUACAGAGCUACAGAUAAGCUGCUUAAUUGCGUAAAAUAAUGAAAUAACCCAAUUAAAAUAGAAACCCAAGAGUAAAAACUCAAUUGCUCAAAAAGUUAUCUGGAGCUCUGAAUGUAUGAUUUGAUAAUUACUGCAGUUACAAGACCUUUAUAUUACUUGUCAAGAAUUUGGUACAAUGAACUAUGUUUUUUUCUGCGUACUGGACACGUAUUUUGAUGUUGUAUCAAACCCUGAAUGUUAAAGUUGGUAUGACAUCAGCAGUAGUUAUUGGACAUACUUCCCAGUUGUUUCCAGGAGUAUUUACAGAUAUUGGAGAGAGUCAAUUUGACUCAGGUUGUGUGAGGUGACAGCUUGUAUGUUGAAAUGUGCCGAGUUGUGAUAUUGGCCGAGAGACAUAUUGCAUUGAUUUGCAUUACGUUACUGUUACUGAAUUCAGCUUCUACCUAAAUGGGUGCACUUUGGAGAGUUGCCGUUAUUCAUAUACAAGUCUUUUGUUGUAUUGACAACAUGGUCUCUCCAUGAGAGUCUUUGCUAUUCUAUACUGAACAAAGAAAGUUAGGGAUCAUGAAUAUAUUUUGGGAUACUGUAAAACGUGAAAUUAACGUGAGCAUGAAUUAAAUGCGAAAAAUGCAAGUGGUCUCUCGCAUUAUUAAAACAUCGCAUUUAUAUC